AUGACCAUUGAUUUUAAUGAAAGAUGAUUGAAGGUGAAAAUUUAAAUCGAACUGAAAUCAUUAAAGAACUGUGUUUGUGCAAUGGUUUAAAUUACGAGGCGGUUGGACAAGAAGGAUCCGACGCAUCAAAGCUGGAGAUGUUUUUCUCGGGUUACCCCCGCAUAGUCGGAUUAUCACUGUUUCAUAAUUUAUUAAGUCUCACGAUUGUUGCUCAAGAGAUAAAGGAGAUUUCAGGGUUGGAGACCUGCUCACAGCUUAAAGAACUCUGGAUUGCCGAGUGCUGCAUAGAGAAAAUUGAAGGCCUUCAAGAAUGCAGAAAUUUGGAAAAAUUAUAUUUAUAUUACAACAAAAUUUCAAAAAUAGAGAAUUUAGAGAAAUUGGUAAAACUGGAAGUUCUGUGGCUGAACCACAACAUGAUAGGAAAUAUUGAGGGCUUGCAGACGCUGAAGAAUCUAACUGAUCUCAACCUUGCAGGAAACCAAAUAAGCAGCAUUGGUCGAUGUCUUGAUCCCAAUGAACAACUGGAAAAACUAAACCUGUCUGGAAAUCAAAUUACUUCUUUCAAGGACCUUACCAACUUGACCAGGCUGCUCCACCUGAAGGAUUUAUCUCUGAAUGAUCCUCAGUAUAAAACCAACCCAGUGUGCCAGCUCUGUAAUUACUCCACGCACGUGCUGUACCACUUGCCCACGCUCAAGCGACUGGACACAUUCGACGUAUCGGCCAAGCAGAUCAAGGAUCUAGCAGACACCACAGCAAUAAAAAAAAUAAUGUAUUAUAACAUGCGAAUAAAAACUGUUCAGAGACAUCUGAAUGAAGAGCUCGAAAAACUGAAUGACAGGAAAAGCAAGUUGCAGAAGCUGCCAGAAGAACGGAUAAAAAUAUUCAGCUAUGCAAAAAAAAACUUAGAACAGGAAUUGUCUGAACUCCAGGGAUCUGGCAAAGGGCCAAAUGAGAAUGCACCAGAGGCUGAGAAGCCCAGGAAUAACGAGACACAGGAAUCGGUUAUGCAUCAGAAGAUGCUGGCCAAACUGAGCGCUCUGGAUGAGAGGAUCGCGUUCUGGAACAAGAAACUACAUGAAAUUGAGACCAUUUAUCACAUUGAAGUCAAACAAACGAAGAAGAGGCGUGGCUUACUGAUCCCGUUUUUGCUCACCGAGCUGGAGACUGUGGGGAAUAUCCAUUUUGAAGAAGGCACUCGAUCUGAUGACUGGUUUAAUUCCUGCUAUGAGCUCAUCCUCUCACGUUUCUGCACCUGGGACUUCAGAGCGUACGGCAUCACGGGCGUGAAGGUCAAACGUGUCAUCAAAGUUAACAACCGCAUUCUGAGACUGAAAUUUGAAGAGAAAUUCCAAAAGUGUUUGGAUCAAGAAGACUUACACGAUUCGGAGACCUAUCGAAAGAUGCUUGAGUGCCUUUUCUAUGUUUUUGAUCCUGAAAUGACGCUAAAGAAAAAGCAUCUGCUACAGAUACUUGAAAGGGGAUUCAGAGAGUGUGAAGCCAACAAGCCCCCUUUCAGGAAAGAAGCCGUUGCCCUCGUCAACAGUCUGAGCAUGUGUGAGUGCCCCCGAAUCGAGUUCCUCAGGCAGAAAUGUAAGGAUGAGAUGAAGAGCCCGCUUGACUGUGACCUCUUCAGACACGGCACCAUCAUCAUUGCAAAGGUUUUUCUUGGCCAGAGUGUCCAGGCUCGUGACGAGGAGCCCAUCAGUAAAGCCAACUAUCCCCUGGUCAACUCUGUGUUCAUUCCUCAGAGGCACGUCCUAAAUUCUAUGAUAGGACAAAGAAAUUGCGAUUGCAGCUUUCGGCAGUACAAGUGGUUUGUCUUUGACCAUGACCUUGUUUUGCCAGAGUACAUUGUUGAAUUUGAGUAUACCACAAUGGUCAAAGUUCACUCUUUAUUUUCUACCUUAAACAACGUUAUUCUAGAAGAAGGCAAAAAAUAUUCUGAAGGAUCAGUGCUCUCCCAGGAUUUGAAAUUUGAUGAAGAAGUUCUGAAGAUGGAGCCCAGGAUUAAGCCUCGCUCAAAACUCAUUAGUUUGGAUGAUAAGACUAUCAUUUCCCUUGCUAAGACUAAUAUUUACAGCCAUAUUGUGAAUCUGAAUCUGCAUGGGAACAGCUUGAGUAGACUGAGGGAGCUUUCCCAGUUGACUGGGCUCCGGAAGCUGAACAUCAGCUUUAACGAGUUUACUUGCCUAGAUGACGUGUACCAUUUGUACAACCUUGAGUAUUUGGACGCCAGUCACAACCACGUGAUAACGCUCGAGGGGUUCAGGGGCCUGAUGAAACUGAAGCACUUGGACCUGAGCUGGAACCAGCUGAAGAAGACGGGCGAUGAGAUCAACGUGCUGUGCAAGCACACCACCAGCCUCCUCACCCUCGACAUCCAGCACAACCCCUGGCAAAAGCCAGCCACAUUGAGGCUGAGUGUUAUUGGCAGACUAAAGACGCUCACGCACUUAGACGGACUCCUCAUCUCUGAAGACGAAACCAGAGCAGCUCUGAAGUUCAUUAGUGGAACGAAGAUUACUCAGUUAACUCUCUUACAGCACUCUAGUUCUAAAGAAGAAAGACCUCGGAUGCUUACUGUAUGGCCUUCUGCCAAAAUCCUGACACAGAUUUCAAAGUUAGGACCACAUUUUCAUCUGACUGGAAACUGGCACCUGAAGAUAACUGCCUUAAAUUUAGAUGGACAACAUCUCUUUGAAAUCACAAAUCUAGAAAAAUUGGAGAAUUUGAAAUGGGCAUCGUUCAGCAACAAUAACCUCUCCAAGAUGGAAGGCUUGGAGUCCUGCGUCAACCUGGAGGAGCUGACAUUGGACGGCAACUGUAUCUCAAAGAUAGAAGGCAUCUCCAAACUGACUAAAUUAAGCCGCCUCAGCAUGAACAACAACCUCCUCACUGGCCUGGAGAAGCAUACCUUUGAUAACAUGCUGCACCUGCACUCCCUCUCCCUCGAGAACAACAGGAUCACAUCGCUGAGCGCCUUACAAAAGACCUUCACUCUGGUGGAGUUGUACGUCAGCAAUAACUACAUAGCUGUGAACCAAGAGAUCAACUGCUUGAAGGGCUUAUGCAACUUGAUCAUCCUAGACAUGUAUGGGAACAUUAUUAUUUGGAACCAAGAAAACUACCGGUUGUUUGUAAUAUUUCAUCUUACAGAACUGAAGGCCUUGGAUGGGAUCUCAAUUGACUCACUAGAAAUUGAGUGUGCAAAAGACCUGUUUGGUGGUAGGCUCACCUCCGACAUGAUUGCCGAGCGACAGGGACACUCAAACUUUGUCCAAAUGCAGGAACUAAACUGGACUUCAUCAUCUAUCAGGGCUGUGGAUCUGAUUCCCGUUGACCACUUCAGGAACAUAAGCAGCGUGAACCUCCAGAACAACAACCUCACCUCAUUCAGCGGCCUCAUCUACCUGCCCAGCGUGAAGGUCUUAUGCCUCAACUACAAUCACAUUGAAUCAAUCAUGCCGAGGGUAAAACCUCAAACUCACUUAAGCAACAGGCAGCUGCUGUACCAGAAAGUCCCUUCAAGUGGCUAUGGACAGCAAGGAAUCUCUAAACUAAACAGAGAUCUAGGAAGCAAUGAAAAUUUGCCUCCAAUAAUGCAAAGUUUAGAGGUUCUUCAUUUGGGAUACAAUGGAAUUUGUAACUUGCUUCAGCUACAACUUAACAGAUUAAGAAACUUAAAGUUCCUCUUUCUACAGGGAAAUGAGAUCAGUCAGGUGGAAGGGCUGGACAACCUGGUCGUCCUGCAGGAGCUGGUGAUCGACCAUAACCGCAUCCGAGCGUUUACGGACAGUGCUUUCGCCAAGCCAAGUGCCCUGCUGACCCUUCAUCUAGAGGAAAACCGGCUCCGCGAGCUGGGCAAGCUGCAGCCGCUGGCGAAACUGGAGAAACUCUUCCUGGGCUACAACAAAAUCCAGGAAAUGUCAGAACUGGAAAAGCUUGAUGGUAUCCCUUCUCUCAGAGAGCUUACUAUUUAUGGUAACCCGAUUUGUAGAAAAAUGGUGCAUCGCCAUGUGCUCAUAUUCCGCCUGCCUAAUUUACAUAUGUUGGAUGGGAUCCCUGUAAAUUCUGAGGAUAGGGCAAAGGCUGAGUUUCAUUUCUCUGAACUACAAGCAAGGAGAAAUCUAAUAACCCAGAGUACUCUCCCCACUUCCAAGUCCCUACCGCAGUCACACCUGCAAACGCCUUUGCCCUGUAAGUUAGUUCCUGUUACCAGCUCUCCUACUGAUGCUGGGUCGUUCUGCCACGUUAAAGCCUCUGCCAUUAAAAUAACAAAUGUUAUUCUGCCUGCUGGAUUUAGCCAUUUUUUGGGACCUAACUUCACCUUAGCUCCUGAAGCUGAAGACAAAAAAGAAAAAGAAUAGAGCCAUUCUUAAAAAUAAUCCUGGAGCAUCCAUAAAGAAACAGCUUUUUGGCAGCUCGGAGGGGAUCUGUCUCCUCCUCUUUUACCGCACCAGAACAUAACAUCUCCAACUGCACAAAUGUACCAGAGCCAGCAACACGAAGGAAGGUAACAGCGAUCCGUGUGCUGUUAGCGUUCUUCUCCACUUAAAAGCUCUCCAAAGUUUCUCACAGCGUAUAAAAAUAGUGACUUUUACCAUGUACUGUUAUUGCGUACUUUGCUCGCUGGAAAAAAGCCCUUAACGUAACAACUUUCUUUCCCACAUACACGAAACCUUUGCCAAAUCUCAUAGAUUUGUAUAAUAAAUCAAAAGGUUUUAAAGUGACAAUUAAGGUUGAACAGUGUUCCAACAAUAGAAAGCACUCCCUAGUGAGAAACAUCAAGCUUAACCACAGAGCAACCACCUUCGCGUUUCCUCCGACCAGCUGCCCUCACGGGGUGUGUGGUGCCGUUCACCUGUAUUUUGAACAGCAAAUAAAUUCAGCAUUCUGAAAUCGUCAAGUCAGAGAACUUUGUAAAUGUUCCAGGCUUCCUUCAGGGUACCCUCUUACCUUGCCUCCAGUGUAGGGCUACCCCCGAGCCCAGCCCAACCAGAAGAGCCUACCCCCUUAGGGCUCACGCAGCGCCUCCUCCGGUGUGCAGCAUCCCCCUGCCUGACUUUCCGAGAACUGGCCGCCCUCCAGCUUCUUCGCAGCUCCACUGUCGCAGGUCCAGCUUGCUGCACGGACCCCCUCGCUGUAAUCGGCUGUUUUGGUGGAUCUCGAGGCCGACCUCUGAGGUUACAUCCUCCCUAUGGUCUUUUGGGAAUUGAAUGCACAUGCAGUUCAGAAGCCGCCCACCGCACCGCUGCGCUGCUUCCAGGCAAUCACAGACACUAGCAUUCACAGUUACCACUCUCAUUAACACUGAGGUGUUGAAUGGCCAUUAUGUGAUUUGUACCUACCUUGUUUCUUACAGAAUUCCUGGGAGUGACUUUCUCAGAUGUAUCCACCUAAACAUAAAUGAGCGUGGACCAGCAAACACUUAUUUUAGCAGUCAUGCAGAGGCUAGCAGACGGCAGUCAAUGAAACACACACACACAUACACUCCUGAUGUGGCUGAGGCACUUGUUAAUCUCACUUAAACUUUAUGGUUGUUAUAGUUACUUGCCCCAAUUUCUGUGGCAGUCACGGGCCACUCGUUAUACUCUCUGAGAAGAUGAAAGCGGAAGGACAUGAAUCAAAUGCCAGAAAUGCAAUUGCUUGCCUCCGGUAUUUGAAGCAGUCGGUUAUGAGAUCUCCCCGUGGCCUGUCUUUGAAGACUCACUUGGGUCUGUUGAAUAACUACGCCUUUAGAACGGGAUGAAACUCCAUUUCAUCGGUGUUUCAAUUCGUGACUACAGGUCAAAACUCAGCCUCAGACCGCUUGCAAAAAUCACAUCACUGCAGGCACAGUUGUUUGAUUAGGAAGUGAGACUGCUCUAUUUUAUUAUUAUUCUCUAUUCUUUUUCUGAGAGUAGGAAGCAGCAGAUCAACACGUCCAUUGCUAAAGCACGGCGAGUUUUGCUAGCUGAGUUUUGCUACAGAUUACUUUUUAGGGCUAUACCUGGCAGUGGGAGAAAAGCACCCCCCGGGACAACUCUCAACUUGCCUAGAGAUCAGUGCAGAAAGCAGGUAUCGUCGCUCGUUCCUCAAUAUACUCAACUACGGACACUGCUGCUUCCUCUUCUUUAAGUUGAUGACUAGUGGGCUGGGGACAUGACUCAGGUGAGAGAGUACCUGCCCAGCCUAGCAUGCACAAAGGCCUGGGUUGACUAGCUAUCCCUGUGUAAGUCAGGCAUGGCGGCCCACAGUUAUCAGGGGCAGAGGCAGGGGCAGUUUGAUGUUCUGAGCUACAAGAGUCCCUGUCUCAGGAAAAAAAAAAAAAAAAAAAAAAAGAUGACUAAGUUGCCAGUCAUAUUUCGAUAUCAGGAAAGUAUUUUCUCCACGUUGCAUGUUGUUUUCAUACUAUUAAAAUGUUCCUAGUGUAAACAUAAGCAGUUUCUAGUCUGACUGUUCAUACCUUAUAAUCUACCUGAAAAUAGUUCCAAAGGUAUUUCAGAAACUGUCAUUUCAAUGUGCAUGCAAUAACUUCGUGCUUUUUAUUCGCUAAAUGCUGGCUUUUGUAAUUCAAUCAUGUGAUAUUUUAGUUUCCAGACCUAAUUACAGAUUGAUUUUGCACUUCUUAGUGUGUGGUCUUUCAGUAGCCAGUACGUUGUGGACCUUUGUUCAGAGAACAACUGUGCAGUUCUCAAGCUGCCCAGAAGG